CAACAAAUGAGGAAACGGGGACAGCAGGAAAAAUUCCCUUCGCGCAUGCGCAGACGGGCUCCACCUCGCGGACACCGGCCUUGCUGCUCGCGCCGGAGAAAACAAACUGCGUGGAUGCGCUCGCGCUCAAAGCAUGCGACUUAAAGCAGUCUCCAUGCGUUUGGACUUGCUUUCUCUGGUGUCGGAGUUCAUUUAUCAGCAAUAAAGGUUGGUGACUCUGUGUGACCAGCAUGACAAAGAGCCCUCCUCACAGGCGUGGGAUCACGUUCGAGGUGGGAGCGCAGCUGGAGGCGAGGGACAGUCUGAAGAACUGGUAUGCAGCUAGCAUUGAGAAGAUCGACUAUGAAGACGAGAAGGUUCUGAUCCACUACAGACAGUGGAGUCAUCGUUAUGAUGAAUGGUUUGACUGGAGCAGUCCGUACCUUAGACCCGUGGAACGAAUCCAGCUUAGGAAACAAGGUCUCAAUGAACGGCAGAGCGCUCCAGGCUUUCAUGUCAACCAGAAAGUUCUCGCCAGCUGGUCAGACUGUCGGUACUACCCUGCUAAGAUCCUAUCCCGGGACAAAGAUGGUUUCUACACGGUGAAGUUUUUUGAUGGAGUCAUAAAGACAGUGAAGGGGAUUAAGGUGAAGCCGUUCCGCAAGGAGAGCUCUGAUGGCAAGACCAAUCAGCAAGCUCGAAAGCGGGGGGAUCAGAACGGGAAAGAAUGGAAGACUAAAGAGAACAACAACAACAGCAGAAGUAACGGCUCAAGACACAGCACUUCUGACCAGGACGGAGAGAGCGGAUCGGAAGGAGACGAAGAAGACACAACAGUGAUGGAUGAGGACAAUGUUCUCCAGAAUGGCGGAGAAAGCGAAAGCACAGAAACUAAGAUAGUUGAUGAAUCAGAGCUGAGAUCUGUUGAGCACAAUGAAAAAGAGCCCAACAAAGACAACAAGACAGAAACGCUUGAGAAUGGAGAAGAAGCAAACAAACCAGAAGAGAAAGAGAUGAAUGGAGGACCGGAGGAGACCAAAGAACUUCAAAAUGGCAUUGACAAGAACGAAGAGGACAAGAAAGAGAAGGAAGAAGCGUCAGAUGAAAGUCCCAGUCUGCCCAGAAGGACACGGAGUAGGAUGGCAGAUGCAAAAGAUGUGGAAAGGCCCAAUGGUCCAGAACUGAGGAAGAGACGUGCAUCAACAGGACAGAUGCCACCGUCCAAAAGAAGCAGAGCCAAUUCAAGCACAGAAAAAAACAGUCCAUCUCAAAUCAAACCGGUUAAAACAGAAGUCCCAGAGACUUCAGAAAGUAAGGAUGACCCAACCACUCCUGCAGGAAACGCAGCACCCACCGAAGAGGCAGAAUCUGCACCUGAUCUUGCUGCAGCACUCAAACGGCAAGUCCACCUUCCAACCACAAACAAGUACAGCAGAGAACCAUUGUACAGGGUCAUCAAAAACCAACCUCCUCCUAUCCUGUCCAUUGAACUGGACCAUAACCUAUUCAAAUGCAAGAUCGCAGGCUGCCUCAAGUCUUUCCGCAAGGCGUCUCUGCUGCACUACCACAUGAAGUACUAUCACGCACAGAGCGACCCAAGCCCCCCUCGCUGCGUCCAGACACGCACCACAGACAAACAGAACCACAGCCAGGAGACCCCUCGCAGGCGCCGCACCGUCUCGGCUUCUCACAAUACUCCCUCUCCGCUGAGUGACAGUAAGUCAGGUCACACUCUGUCGCCCCCUGCUGUCGGCAGCACGCACCGGCAGCGCUCGGCCACACUAGGCGCAGAGAGGAGCAAAGAGAACCAACACUUCAACCGCUCGCUGCAUGACGACAGAGACUGGGUUGCCAAGGAAACAGGGGUGAAAGAACGGGAAAGGCUGAGGGAGAAGCGGCAGAGGGAUUUCUUCCGCAUCAAACUGAAGAAAAAGAAGAAGAAGAAAAGGAAGUCUAAGUCAGACUGUUACAGCACUGAGGAGAGCAUUGGCCUAAAGCCUUUCCCCUGCAAUCUGAAUUCGGCCCACAAAUUGCCCCUCUCCCUCACACACCGAUCCUACACGGGACUCUGCCCCGAAAAGAUGCUCAGCCAGGGUGAAGACAGCAGCAGUGAUUUGUCUUCAGACAGUCCUGUAUGGAGUGAGGACGAGUCUGAUGCUGAGCUGGAUCUAAACAUGCCCCUCUCGGAGCAGGGUGUGGAAACGGUCUCUCACGGCUCUGAGAUUGUACGCUGUAUUUGUGAAGUGCAGGAGGAGAACGACUUCAUGAUACAGUGUGAUGAGUGUUUGUGCUGGCAGCAUGGGACGUGUAUGGGUCUGUAUGAGGACAGUGUGCCAGACAGCUACAGCUGUUACAUCUGCAGAGACCCCCCAGCCCAGAGGCAGAGUCAAAGGUACUGGUAUGAUAAAGACUGGCUGAGCAGUGGUCACAUGUAUGGCUUGUCUUUCCUGGAGGAGAACUACUCCCACCAGAACAGUAAGAAAGUGACAGCCGCCCAUCAGCUUCUAGGGGACGUCCACCGUGUGUUUGAGGUCCUGAAUGGCCUGCAGCUCAAGAUGAGCAUCCUACAGGCACAAGCCCAUCCAGACCUGAAGCUCUGGAGGCAGCCCUGGAAACCUGUAGACGGCCUACGGAGGAAGGCGGCAGGUGAUUCUGGCAUAGCUACUCCCUUCCCCCCCUCACCCCCUGAAAUGGGAGUGAACGAAUUUGAGACGUUGAAAAGCGAAGUCCCAUCACCCGUGGAGACACAUUGCUCUUUCCAGGACUCUUACAUUAGCAGCGAGCACUGCUACCAAAAGCCCCGUACGUACUACCCAGCGGUGGAGAGAAGACUUGUGGUAGAGACGCGGGGCGGUUCUGAGCUGGAGGACAGUCUUAGGAGCACUGAGGACCUACUAGAGAUGGCCGAGCAGAGGUACAGCAUGCCACUGGACCACGACCAGCACAAGCUUCAGCUGGCUGACCGCUCUUUUAGUAAGGAGCUGGAGUGCCGUAUGAAACGACUGGUUUCCGCUGAGCAGGAAAAGAGUUGUGUGGUGGAAAUCAAGGAAGAGGAGCCUGACCCUGUGACCCCUGACCCAAAGCCUGACCCUGAUCUUGUGCUGCACCAGCAGUGGCAGCUGAACCUGCUGGAGCACAUUGAAGCAGUGCAGGAUGAAGUGACACACAGAAUGGACCUUAUUGAGAGAGAACUAGAUGUGCUGGAGAGUUGGCUAGACUACACAGGUGAGCUGGAACCUCCGGAUCCGCUGGCGCGCCUCCCUCAGCUGAAACAUCGCAUCAGACAACUCCUUACUGACCUGGGAACAGUCCAGCAGAUCGCACUCUGCUCCUCAUCCUCUUGAGGGCGCCAGAGAACAUACAAACAGCUCAAACUCAAUUGAAUGCACAAUGGAGUCCCUUAAAGUCUGGCAAGAAACUGCUCUAAUGAUUACGUGUGCCUGGUUUUUGAGAGAAAACCCCUAAAUUAAUCAAGCUAAUAUUGAUGUGACAGUUUCUGUGGCACAUGCAUGUUGGAGUGACUGGUGUGGUCAGCAGUUUAACAGUGGUCACCGGUUAGAAAAGACUGAUGAAAAUCGAGGCUAACGAUAUCUGAUGCAAACAACAGUUUUUGUUUAUUCUGUUUUAUUUUUUGUAUUUGUGGAAUUUAAUGCUUCAUUGUAGCACUUAGCUGUCUGUCAUAGACUUAGUUUUUUUUUAAUUAUUAUUAUGUAAUUUCCUCUGUAUCCUUGACAUGCUAAAUAAUCAUUUUGUGUUAAUUCAUAAGUGGUCAUUUUGGACUCUUUCAGCACGUCUUUACUCUGGGUAAAGAGCUUAAGGACUCGAAUGGUAUUUUGCUGUAGUUAAUGAAAAAUGUUAAAUAUGACUAUAACAAUAUGAAAAUAUAUUUUAAUCUGAAAAUACUUGCAUUUUACUUCUAUAUUUGUACUUAAAAGUCAAGUAAUCUUGUAAAUAACCCAACCAAUUGCUUAUUCAUGUUCUUCUUUUUUUUAAAAUUUCUGAUCUAAACUGUUGUAUCUACAUUAAAGACUUCUGUAAUCUUUGAUCUGUUGUGAAUACUGUAGUUGUGGGCUUUCUGCCUAUAACCUUCUCAUUUAUGACACAAUUGAUGUCGCUUGCAUUUAAAAUCAGUGGGCUUGGUUUCCGCUGGUACAUUAAACAAGCACAGAAUGUUGUUCUCUUGCAUACUGCGUUUGUAUAUUUUUCUUUAUUUGUAUUUUUUUUUUUUUCCCCCAAUGAUUCUGAACUGUUUCUAUUUAGUUAUUAUUUUGUUGCUUUCAAGUCUACAAGAUUGUUUUUUGAUUAAGACAUUAGAUGCCUUUAAGUUAUUGUAAUUGUGAAUUUUAAGUUAUUGAUUCUGCCACCUUUUUACUUCUGUCUAUUGGUUUUCUUUUAUACAAUGCAAGUCUUGAGUAUUGAGAGAGAACGAGAGAAAAGCUGGGGUCUUUUUAGUGUUCUCGCCCUUUGGUGUUAGUUUUUUUUUAUCCCCUCUAGACUAUUACUGUUAAAAAAAAUAAUUAAAAAAAUUGCCUGAUAUCUUAUUUCAGGCCAAUUCGAGUGUCAUUCACCCUCAAAUACGCAAACUACAUUUGUUAUAAAUCUGUGAAUUUAUAAAAUCCUGCCGACGGGUAUUUGAAGGGUUUGUGUUUUGUUUGUUGUUCAUAACUUCCUCUGUACAGCUAGUGAGCAGUCCAUUGACUGCUCCUCAGUAUUGUCUAUUGUAUUUUUAUAUCUGCCCUGUUGCUUUCCAGUCACUGGAAAUUAAGUAUUGCAGUCUUUUUUUUAUGUUUAAUUUUUCCAUUGUUCGCAUCUUUUUGCAUUGGGGGCCCCUGGGAAUCUAUAAGUUCUGAGAAAUAUUGACACAUAAUCAAAAUGCCAGAAAAUAAAUGCAAACAUUUAAAUUUAAAAA